GUUCAAGGAGUCGACGAUGGUACAACUAAAAUACAAGUUGGAACUCCAUUUUCGUUAUACAUGAAAGCAAUAACGGUUAUCAAUAAUAAACAUAGGUAUCAAAAUAAAAGUUCUAUGAGUACUGAAAUUUCUUUAAAAAAUUAUUUAGCUAUACAGGAUAUAUAUAAAACACCAAAUCUUUUUGCACUGUUAGUGCAUUCGUUAUGUCCUAAUAUAUAUGGCCAUGAAAUAGUUAAAGCUGGAUUGAUAUUGAGUUUAUUUGGAGGUAAUGCAAAACGUGCGCAAUUACGAGACGAUAUACAUAUCCUGUUAGUCGGAGAUCCUGGUCUUGGCAAGUCGCAGAUGUUACAAGCAUGUGCUCGAAUAUCUACAAAAGGUGUAUAUAUCUGUGGCAACUCAAGUACAUCCUCUGGAUUAACAGUAACGCUUACAAAAGAAACGGGAUCAAAUGAUUUUGCUUUAGAACCUGGUGCUUUAGUUUUAGCAGAUCAAGGUUGUUGCUGCAUUGAUGAAUUUGAUAAAAUGUGCUCUCAGCAUCAGGCGUUAUUAGAAUCAAUGGAGCAACAAAGCAUUACUGUUGCAAAAUCAGGUAUAAUAUGUUCUCUUCCUGCACGGAUAUCAAUCCUGGCAGCGGCUAAUCCUAUUGGAGGACAAUAUGACAACAGUAAAACAAUAACCGAAAAUCUACAUAUUAGUCAACCUAUUCUUUCACGAUUUGAUUUGAUUUUUUUAUUAUUGGAUAAACCAGAUGAGCAUUUUGAUAAUCUAUUAUGCAAACAUAUCAUGACUGUUCAUAGCAGCAAUGCAAAUUCCAAUGAAGAAGUUACUAAGUUAGUUUUUCAUAAUGAAUGUGCUUUGAGAAAAAAGCUGAUGUUGCCAUUAUCUACUGAAAUUAUACCACAACCUAUUCUUCGAAAUUACAUUUCUUAUGCUCGAGAAUAUGUGAAGCCAAAAUUAUCCGUUGAAGCUGCAGCAGUUUUACAAAAUUAUUAUUUAGAACUUAGAGCAAAAAAUAAACAAUUUGGCAGUAUACCAAUAUUCAACAGACAAUUAGAAGCUAUGAUUCGAUUAACUGAGGCUAGAGCGAAACUGGAAUUACGUAUGGAAGCAACUGAAUCAGAUGCUUUGGAUGUACUAGAUAUAUUGCAAUAUUCAAUGACAGAUACAACAGAUUGUUGUAUAAUGCCAUUACAUUCUGAUACUAAAUUAACAAACAAAAAGAUAAAAACGUUUAUAAAAAUACUGGAAAAAAAGGUAAAUACAGAUAAAAAACAAAUAUUUUCAGUGAAAGAUUUGGAAACACUUGCAAUAUCUGAAAAUAUUUUAAUAACCGAUUUUACUGUUUUAAUUUUAAAAUUAAAUGAAGAAGGUAUUUUAUUAAAAAUUAGAAAAGAUACAUAUAAAUUUAUUAAUAAAUAAUAUUAUACUUUGUAAUACAAUAUAAUAAGUCUGUUUUCUAUUCUUGUACUGUACUAGACUUUCUCACUUUUGCUAUAUAUCAAACAUAUACAUAUUUCACAUACUUUAAGUGCAAAAAGUACACUAGUUUAGGUAUAGAAACACAUUUAUAUAAUAUGGAGUGUAUAUAUAUAAUAUAUGAACAUGUGAAAUAUUGUGAUAUUAAAACAAAUAUAA